AUGGAAAGUCAUGCAAAUACCAGGGAGGAAAAUGCAGAAGUAGAUGCUUUGGCAAAUCUCGCGUCUAUCGCAGAUGCAACAAAUGCAGAAAAUGCUAUUUUGCGAUUGGAAGAAUCAGAAGGCAAAUGGCCAGAAGUACUCCCAGGGGUGUUAUGGGGUUACCGAACAAUGACAAAAACUAGUACGGGUGAGACACCAUUUUCCCUUGUUUACGGAAUAAAAGCUUUGAUUCCGGUGGAGAUAGGUGAACCAAGCAGGAGGUACACACAUACCACUGAAGCAACAAAUGAGGAAACGUUACUAGUAAAUUUGGAUUUGACAGAAGAAAGGAGAGAAGUAGCAUUAAUUUGA